AUGCAACUCAUUGCAUUUGGAAGAGAAGAGAGAAGCUGUAGUUGUGUGGGGGUGGCGGCAAUGGAUGACUCGUGCAGGAGGGCAGGGGCGGUGCCGUUCAAGUGGGAGAUAUGUCCGGGGACGCCCAAGCACACGAGGAGCGCGAGCGCCGCCGCGGCGGUGGCGGUGUCCCCGGCGCCGGCGUUGGCGAAGGUGGUGACCAAGAGGCAGCUGGCGCUGCCUCCCUGCAUGACGUCGCCCUGCGCCUCGCCGUCGCCGUACUACCACUCCCCGCGCGUCGCCUCCUCGGCCGCCUGCAGGUCGGCGUCGGUCUCGCCGUGCCACCGCAGGUACGGCGCCGGCGCGCAGUACCGCCCGCGCCCGACCGCCUUCCUCGACCUCGCGCCUCGGGCGGCGGCGCCGGACUUGUAUGGCUACGGCUACGGCCACGGCACCGCCGCGCCACCCGCGCGCGAGGCUGACGACGAGACGGCGCCACCGCCGGCGUACGGGUGUUUCCCGCUCCCGUUGCUCCGGAGGAAAGGCAGCAGCAAGAAGCGCAGCGGCUAUGCCUCCGGCUCCGGCUCCGGCUCCAGCUCCUCUGACAGCUUCAGGUCGGACGGCGAGCUGGCCGGGCGCCUGCGGCGGUCAGCGUCGUCGUCGUCGUCUUUCUCCUUCCCUCGCGGCAACCGGAGGCUCGCCGAGUCGUCGAGGCAGCAGCACCAGGAGGCCGAGGCGGCCACCGGCAGCUGGUUGUUUUGAUCAUCACCACACCACUGCAUGCAGCACGUCGCCAUUGUUGAUCUUGAUCAUGCCAAAGUUGAUCGAGUUAAAGUUGCAAAGGAUUUUAGGGAGAGAAAGGAAGCAGCUUUUUGCGUUUGUUUUCGAGAGAGCGAGCCCAGUUGAUCGCAUCAGCUGGAGACUGUUUGUGUUGUGUCAUAUGUAAAGCUGAUGAGCAUGAACAGUUUGCAUACUCCAUUGGCAUUUCAUCUGGAUUGCUUUAGUGGAGAGUCCAUUAUGUUGUUAAACUAGUGCGUCGUGAUUACACUUGUGCGGCUGAAGUAGGGUAGAUUGUAACCAUGCACGAUUAAUUGCCUACUGGGAAUUGGAAGAAAUUUUGUGCAAGA